AUGCGUUCAGGCCACGAUGGUAUCCGCACUAAGCCGUGCUGGGACAAAACGCCCGCGCCGAACUGGACACAUCAAGAUCUCCCCGGGGGUCGUCUACUAUUAUUGAGGCCGACGCACCAACUUACAGACCUCCACGGCGCAACGAUAGUGACAACUACUUACUGGCACAAGGAGGUCUUGUUCUGCAAACCAUCUUUUGCGUCCCUUUCCCGGACUGGAGCCUUCUCCGCCUUGAACGAGGCCCUUUGUACGGGCGCACACAGUUCAUACUAUCUCCUGGAGAACACGCAAGUGAACCUGGAAUAUGCGGUUAGACAUCAAGAGCGGGUGAAGGGCAUUGAUUUCCACCCAACAGAGCCAUGGCGGUAUGCUGUCUAUUUGUACUGCGGGGUUCUUGUGGAGAAAGGUGCUAAUGGACUUGCAGGACACGUCUACAUCUGGUCCUAUGAGACACAGUCGAUCAUCAAAACAUUCGAACUGACCGAUGUCCCUGUCCGCGCUGGUCGUUUCAUCGCUCGCAAGAAUUGGAUUGUUUGCGGAUCAGAUGACUUUCAACUUCGCGUUUACAACUACAACACAUCUGAGAAGAUCACGUCCUUCGAGGCGCAUCCUGACUAUAUCCGGUCGAUUGCCGUCCACCCGACACAACCCUUCGUCCUCACCGCUUCCGAUGACAUGACGAUCAAAUUGUGGGAUUGGGAGAAGGGCUGGAAAUGUGUGCAAGUGUUUGAAGGUCACAACCACUAUGUCAUGGGGCUCGCAAUCAACCCCAAGGAUACAAACACAUUUGCGUCCGCCUGCUUGGACCGAACUGUCAAAAUAUGGAGUCUCGGUUCGAGUCACCCCAACUUCACCUUGGAGGCGCACGAAACCAAGGGUGUGAAUCAUGUCGACUACUACCCUCAGGCUGAUAAGCCCUACCUUCUUACCACCUCCGACGACAAGACUGUCAAAGUGUGGGAUUAUACGACGAAGGCGCUCAUUGCCACGCUGGAGGGUCACACCAGCAAUGUCUCGUUCGCCUGUUAUCACCCCGAACUGCCUAUUAUCAUCUCCGGAUCCGAGGAUGGAACAAUCAAGAUAUGGCACGCGAACACCUACAGACUGGAGCAGUCAUUGAAUUAUGGGCUGGAGCGAGCCUGGUGUGUUAGCUACCAGCGCGGCAAGCAGGGCAUUGCAAUGGGCUUCGAUGAUGGUGCGGUUGUGGUGAAGAUGGGAAGAGAAGAACCAGCUGUUUCGAUGGAUGGGUCAGGAAAGAUUAUCUGGGCACGACAUAACGAAGUGGUGUCUACCGUUAUCAAGGGCGGUGAAAUGGAUCUCAAGGAUGGCGCACCUCUUGCCCUGCCGACGAAGGAGUUGGGAUCGUGCGAAGUCUACCCUCAGACGCUGGCUCACUCACCGAAUGGGCGAUUUGUCUCGGUGUGUGGUGAUGGCGAGUACAUCAUCUACACUGCUCUUGCCUGGAGAAACAAGGCCUUUGGGCAAGCUCUUGAUUUCGUGUGGGGAUCGAAGGAUAACAGCAAUGAUUUUGCUAUUCGCGAGUCAGCAACUAGCGUGAAGAUAUUCAAGAAUUUCAAGGAAAAGAGCGGUGGUUUGGACGUUGGUUUCCAGGCGGAGGGUCUCACUGGAGGCGUGCUACUUGGUGUCAAAGGCCAGGGUGGAAUUGGAAUGUUCGACUGGGAGACUGGAAACUUAGUUCGACGAAUCGAAGUCGAGCCGAAAGAUGUUUACUGGUCCGAGUCGGGUGAACUGGUCACUCUUGCUUGCGAGGACGCGUUCUACGUCCUUCGUUUCUCCAGAGAAAACUACAUUAAUGGUCUGAACAACGGUGAGGCUGACGAGGAUGGCGUCGAAUCGGCCUUUGAGGUCGUCACGGAUAUCAGCGAGACUGUUAGAACUGGACAAUGGGUUGGGGAUUGCUUCAUCUACACAAAUUCCACCAACCGCUUGAACUACCUGGUCGGGGACCAGACAUACACGAUCUCUCACUUUGACCAACCGAUGUAUGUCCUGGGCUACCUGCCUCGAGAUGGUCGAAUCUAUCUCGCCGACAAGGACGUCAAUGUUGUCUCCUUCGCGUUGUCCUUGUCCGUUGUCGAAUACCAGACGCUGGUGUUGCGAGGUGACAUGGACGCUGCCGCGGAGCUUCUCAGUGAUAUCCCCCAGGAUCAGAUGAACAAGAUUGCACGCUUCCUGGAAGGACAGGGUUACAAGGACAUGGCGCUUGAGGUGGCCACGGACCAGGAGCACCGUUUCGAGCUGGCACUCUCCCUGAAUCGGCUAGAUAUCGCCCUUGAGAUCGCCCGCGAGGCCGAUGUUGAGCACAAGUGGAAGACUGUCGGUGACGCAGCGUUGAACGCAUGGGAUCUGAGUCUUGCGCAGGAAUGCUUCACCCAUGCCAAGGACCUGGGAUCGCUGCUCCUCCUGUACACCUCGACCUCGAACGCAGAGGGCCUGCGUGCAUUGGCGGAACAAGCCUCAGCGGCCGGUCUGCACAACGUUUCUUUCUCUGCUCUGUGGAGCGUGGGCGAUGUGGACGCCUGUAUUGAUCUCCUCGUCCAGACCAACCGCCUUGCAGAAGCGGUGUUCUUUGCUCAGACCUAUAAGCCAUCGCGGGCACCCAAUCUGGUUGUCCGAUGGAAGGAGUCUUUGGAGCAGUCCGGCAAGUCCAAGGUCGCACGCCUGAUCGGAGUGCCACCGGGUGCCGAUUCGGGUGCUUCCGAUGACGACCUCUUCCCCGAAUGGGACGAAUACCUGCGUUUGGAAAAGGAAGGGGCACCAGAACCUCCGUCUUCCGAGUCCUUAAUCGAUGUUGGCGGCGAAGGUGAGGCCGCGAGUGCAGCGAAUGGAGCUCCCGAGGUAGAAACGGAAGCGUAG